UAGAGUUGUGUUGAAAAGUAAAGUGUAACCCCACCACAUAGUCCAUAGAGAAUCAUUCUUACCAUUUUUCUUCACACAGAUGUAAAUAUAUACUAUAGUGUGAGAUGUGCAAAGCAUUGAGAUGGCGAAUUCCGGGCAGCAGCUGAAGGCGGAGAUCGCGGGGCACCCUCUGUGCGAGCAGCUGGUAGCGGCCCACGUGGCGUGCCUACGCGUGGCCACGCCUAUCGAUGAGCUUCCCAACAUUGAGGCUCAGCUGUGUGAGUCUCAGCAUCUCCUCCGCUCUUAUGCUCAAACCGCCACUCACUCUCUCUCUAAACACCAAUCCCAACAACUUGAGACCCUCUUGAGGCAGUAUGUAUUGGCGUUAUGGUCGUUGAAGGAGCAGCUGCAUCAACAUGUUAACCGCUGCCGUGAAAUCGAGCACACCUUCAUCUCUCUCACUGGUAACGCCCUCUAUCCUCAAUCAUUUUUCCACCAGCUAGCUUUUCAUCCAAAUUCACUUGGUGCAGGAGCAAGAGUUGGUGAAGGAAGCGGGGCCACAAUGUGGGAGGAUGAUGAAGAACAUUCAGAGAGAGCUCUGGUGGAAAGGGUGAGGAAGAAGCUCAAGAUUGAGCUUAAAGAGGGAUUCAAGUCGAGGAUUCAACAAGUGAGAGACGAGAUAUCACGAAAGAGAAGAUCGGGAAAAUUAGCAGACGACACAACCGACAUCCUCAAGAACUGGUGGCACCACCAUUCAAACUGGCCUUAUCCAACUAUGAGAAGGCAGAUCUUGUGGAACGGACAGGCCUGGAGCUGAAGCAGAUAAAUAACUGGUUCAUCAACCAAAGGAAGCGCAAAUGGCAAAACUCCAACGCCUCUAGAUCCAAAAACAACACAUACUCAUAACAAUAUUAAUUCUUGUAUUUCGUCCAACUUAUUUCUACUAUUGCAUGUGUUCAACACUUCUUCUCAAAUUAAUAUUUUGUAAACAUUCCUGUCUAUUUUGUACUACUCCUACUACAUUAUUUGUCUAUAAAUUAUUCUGUAUUGUAUUA